UUUUUUCAUGAAAGAUACAAGUGCUCGUCUUAUUAUUGAAUGCUUUUUAUUUAGCGGCAUUUGCAUGAAUUUAUGUAAACUUUAUGUGAGUGAAAAUGAUAUGGUCUACAGUGAAAAUAGUAUAAAUAGAUAGUAUAGCGUAAAUGGAAAGUAGUAUCAAGCUAUCAAGUUGAAGCACCCAAUAACGUAUGUACCUAGAGAUCCUAGAAGAGAUUGGCAUGAGUGGGCUACUUUGUGAUUGGCUGGAUACGAAAUGGCGUAACCAAUCAGUGAUAACGAAACACGCGGACGAAGUGAAAACAGAAAUUGGAGAAAAAAGCAAAUAUCCAUUUUAGCAUGACAGUUUAUUCAAGAAUGUCCAUAAUAAGAUCUUAUUAGACUUUUAACUGUAAAUAUGUUCUGAAGAAAAGAUGCCAUCGGAAAUCAAUGCCACAAACAGUACCUCCGAACAAGAGGAGAAUGCGGAAAAGUCUAACGAGCAGUCUGCCACAUGAUAAAUCUUCUCAGAUAUCGGAUAUUCGAGCUAAAUUCUUCAACUCGAUCAAACAUGAUGCAGUCUCAUCGAUGAGUACCAGUUCCUUAAUGGAAAAUAACUUGCUGGAACCAGAAAGUUCCUGCAUCCAAAAUGAAACAAGGAAUACAACAUUUGAGAAUAAAGAUGCACCUUUGGAAAUCGCAGACACGCCGACGUUGUCCAAACAAAUUGUCAAGAAUAAUGACGCUGAUGCAACCAUGAGCGACGUCAUGGUACAAAAUUCAAAUAAACAGUCAAGUUUCUUCGUUCAUAGAAAUUUAUUCCGGGAAAAUUAUUUUUUAACGGAGAACGUUCCUGAAAUUCAUUGCAGUACUUCCGAAUUAAGAACAUGUUCUAGUGAUCACUCGGACGGCGAGAAUCCUGGCCGUGAGAAAAGUCGUAUCGAUAUGGAGGAACAAGAGCGUGAGCCAGUAACUGAGAAUCUGUGUAAUAACAACGAUAAUACGUUGGACGCUAAUCACAAAUCGGCGGAGAUAAUGUCUUUGCAUACUUGCAACCAAUCUUCGAGAAACGAUAUUUCCGUUAUAAGCGCAUGCAGCAAUGUAACGAGUAAUUCAUUGGAAGUAUCUGGCGAUGAAGAUAAGCACUUUAGUACAGACUACAACGUUAACUCGUUAGUGAACGGUUUAACAUCCUUGCACUUAUCUAAAGAAUUGUUGGAUUCGCAGAACGUGUCAAUUCCAGUAAAUUAUAGCGAUAUAAAUAACGAUGCGAAGUUGUCUUUGGAUAAUAACAAUAAAAGCGUACUUGAAAAUAUGAUCGAUGAGAAUGAAUUAUCUGCUUCGUCCGAGUGCGCUUACAAGGAAACGCCCGUGUUGCAAAGCAUGGAGUGCAUCUCGUCACGCUAUAAUGACUGUGCGAACACGAGUAAGUUUAAACUGCCAAUCUUGGAGGAAGCCUCUAAAACUGCCAAUAUAAAUCAACAAGCUGAGGUGGAGGAGAACGCGGUAGCGCUUUUGGAUUCGUCAUUUACUAGGCAAGAUCAAUUGGAAAAAGUUCGUUGUCUGGAUUUGGAACCUCGUUCAUCAAACAGUAGCGAAGAAAGUAAUUCGGAUAUAGAGUUCCAGCACGCAACUACGAAUCACAAUAAUACCAAAAGACAAUGCGCACCUAAUGGAGCUAUAACGAAGGAAGGAGUAGAAUAUUAUCAGCUGUGGCGCAGUACAGGUGGUCAAUCAUCUCCAGACUCUUUAUACGAGACUCUCUAUCCAAUGCCACCGCCGCUACCACCAAGAAUGACGCAUCGGCCUCUACACAGAAGUAACGCUUUAUCCAGUGGCGCGCCGGAAUUACCAAAACGGUAUCCCCACAGACACCCCACGCCUCUACAUCCUGAAGAUUGUUUCGGAUUUGAGAUCGUGGACGUUGACGAAACUUCGAAUCUAAAGUUAAGGACAGCAGUUACAAAGAGUAUCGCGUUAUUAAGUUCGCCCCAGUUGCACAGGCAGCGAGAUCACAGGCAACCACAGGAAUCAUUAGUUAACCAAUUGGAAUGUCCGCCUACACCCACGCAUCGGCCCAAACCCUUAUGUCCAUUGCCCAUAUGCCAAACGUCAAACGUAUCUUUAUCCUCGGAAGAACCUUUACCGCCAUCAUGGGAAGCGAGGAUAGACAGCCAUGGUCGGAUAUUCUACAUAGACCACAUCAAUCGAACCACAACGUGGCAGAGACCGAGCCUAACGAUGCGCAACAUCGGUUGCGAUCUACAAAGACAGCAAUUAGACAGACGUUAUCAGAGUGUACGACGAACCAUCUCACGAUCUGACCACAUAAAUCGUGAAGGCAAUUCGAACCGUAAUCCCUUCGAGAGUACCGAUCGACAGAGCGAUUGUACCGAUAGAAGCGAAUCUGAACCAUUCGACAUUACCACGAUACCACCAGUAUUAUUUCUGACACGGCCCGACUUUUUCACUAUGUUGCACAACAACACGGAUGCCAUGGAGCUGUAUAACGGUAAUCCGAGCUUGAAGCACAUGAUUAGCAAGGUCAGGAGGGAUCCAAUAGUCUUUCUAAGAUACGAGCAUAAUAGAGACCUAGUUGCCUUAAUCAAUUUCUUUGCUGACACGAGCAAGGAACUUCCAAGGGGAUAUGAAUCGAAGCUUGACAGAACGGGCAAGAGAUUUUUUAUAUGUCACGCCAGAAAAGCUACGUCGUUUAUUGACCCACGGUUACCUACGGAAGCAGCUCAUAUACGAACGUUACUAGACGAGGCGCCCGUUCCACCGCCUAGGCCGCAACAGUCGUCCGUGACUGCUGCUCCUGACAUACCCGUGGCCUACAAUGAUAAGGUGGUCGCUUUCCUACGUCAGCCUAACAUAAUGGAUAUUCUGAAGGAGCGGCAUUCCGCGUUAGGCCAAAACAUCGCACUUCGCGAGAAGGUCAACACCAUAAGAGUCGAAGGGACCAUAGCGUUGCAGAGAUGGGGUCACGAUGUUCCUUUGGCGUUAUUGCUGAGUUUAUUCGAGCAAGAAAUAAUGUCAUAUGUACCUGGUAGUAUGGGUAGAUCGCCUCUUGGCAGCCCACAUGCAUCACCCGGGCUGACAAGAGCUUCUGCUCGAACCCCAGCACCGUAUAGGAGGGAUUUUGAAGCUAAACUUCGUACUUUCUAUCGGAAACUGGAAAGCAAAGGCUACGGACAAGGCCCGGGUAAAUUAAAGUUGCAUAUCAGAAGAGAACACUUACUCGAGGACGCCUUCACGCGUAUAAUGGCUGCGUCGAAGAAAGAUCUGCAGAAGGGUAAACUAGUAGUGAUUUUCGAUCACGAGGAGGGAUUGGAUUACGGUGGCCCAUCCCGGGAAUUUUUCUUCCACUUAUCACGCGAGCUGUUCAAUCCGUAUUAUGGACUGUUCGAGUACUCGGCUAACGACACUUAUACAGUACAGAUCUCACCGAUGUCGGCUUUCGUAGACAAUUAUCACGAUUGGUUCAGAUUCUCGGGCAGAGUUCUGGGCUUGGCAUUGGUCCAUCAGUAUUUGCUUGAUGCAUUUUUUACAAGGCCGUUUUACAAGGCGCUCUUAAGGAUACCGGCAAGCCUGAGUGAUUUGGAGAGUCUAGACCAAGAGUUCCAUCAGAGCUUAAUGUGGAUUAAGGAAAAGGACAUAAGUAUCGAGCCGCUGGAGCUAACUUUUUCGGUAACGGAAGAGCUGCUGGGCCGAGUCGCCGAGCGCGAAUUGAAGCCAGGCGGCAGAAAUAUUGCGGUCACUGAGAAGAACAAGAAGGAAUACCUCGAGAGAGUGGUACGCUGGCGUCUGGAACGUGGCGUCGCGGAACAAACUGAAUCGCUAGUGCGCGGCUUCUACGAGGUAGUGGACCCGCGUUUGGUGUCGGUUUUCGACGCUCGGGAAUUGGAACUGGUCAUUGCGGGCGCAGCUGAGAUCGACCUUAACGAUUGGCGAACGCAUACCGAAUAUCGGAGUGGCUAUCACGACGCGCAUCCGGUGGUGGAAUGGUUCUGGAGUAGUAUAAGCCGAUUCACCAACGAGCAACGUUUGAGACUGUUGCAAUUCGUUACUGGCACUUCAAGCAUUCCAUACGAGGGUUUUGCAGCUCUACGAGGUUCAACGGGACCGAGAAAAUUUUGUAUCGAGAAAUGGGGAAGGCCAAAUAGUUUGCCAAGGGCUCAUACAUGUUUUAAUCGCUUGGAUCUCCCACCGUAUCCUACACCCGAGAUUUUGUACGAGAAAUUGCUGUUGGCUGUGGAAGAGACAAAUACAUUCGGUAUAGAAUAAAGUGACGUUUUAUUAAAUAUAAAAUUAUCGAAAGUUUAUACAAUUGAUAGAAAAUCAUAACAAGUUGCACUCUCGCUAAGAAAAGUAGAGCAAAAUUUUCUAUAAACUUAGCAGCGCUUGUAAAUCUUGUGUUUUUAGUAUUUCCAUUUAUCGAAUCAAAUUGUGUAGCUGACAUAGUGAUAAAUUAUAACUUAAAGAUAUUGCAAUCUGUUGGAAUUUUCCUAUAAUUUACAAUGUAAAUUUAUAAUAUGAAAUAGUAAUAGUAAAAAUAGAAUAUUUUUUUCUUCAAACCUUCAGCACUGGAAUUUAAUCUUAGAAGUUCACAAUCUUUUCAGUUUAUCUACGAUAUAAUUUUCGGUUUUCUAUGAUCACUACAUACAUACUUUGAGAGGUCUUGCAAAUUUUAUUCUCUUCUCUCUUUCAGUUUUCGUAUGUGCGUAUGUGCGUAUGUGCGUGCGUGCGCGUGUAUGAUGAAGCUAAUUUUAAAUUUAAUUACUUUUAAAUUUUCAUGAUUACACGCACAUACAAGGAAUUAUGUUUUGUUUUUAGGCUAUUUUUGUAAUUUAAUUUAAUAAAAAUAAGGUUAUUUUUUUAAGCUUUUUUUUAAGCUUUCAAUGUUUUUUUAUUGGGUUAUAUGUUUUUAUGUAAAUUUGAAGUUUUUAAGUCCUGCAGUAUCUGGGACAAACAAAACAUUCUAACGAUUAUUUAUUAUUCUAAUAAUACAUACUUGUGGACUUCUAAGAUUAAUGAAAUUAAGUUGAAAAAAUUUAAGAAAAAAUUGUACUUCUAUCCAUGAUAGAAGUAGGGGUGAAGUAUCUCGGAGAUAGGCACACACUCGCACUUGCAGUCUAUACAGUGACAGUAGGCUGCCUGAAAAAUAGAUGAUGAAUUCUUAGUGGCUGAAGCUGGGCUCCUUCACCGCGACAAGGUGAUUCUCUACGAAGUGGAAAACUCCCCCAGUACUUGGAAAAAGCCACAAAGCGGACAAUUGCGAUCCUGUCGGGAAUCGAAGGAUCGAAUCUGGAUUUCUGAUAUUAUGAGUCAAGCACUCGGCAUCAGCUGCCAUUCGCAACUUACGCUAUUACUGUCACUGUAUUGCCUGAUUAGCAGACAAGUAUAAACUGCGACUCGAAAGAUGACGUAAACUUCCUCGCAAGUUGGUAGACCGACUAUGUUCUAGUAGACUAUGAAUUAAUUCUGAGCGGCCAUAUCCCCGAGGGUUGUAUUGUGACGUUACUAUUGCAACUAUUACCAUCGUUACUAUCGCUACUAUUACUGCUCUUAUUUAUUCUUAAUAUUAUAACUGCUAUCACUUAUCAUUAUUACUGUCAAUAAUAAUAAUUAUAAUAAUAAUAAUGUGUUGUUACAA